AUGGCAGACGAAACUUCAGCCUUAUUGAACAUUAGUGACAUGAUAGACCUGGCUAUAGGCACUCCAGAGGUGGGUGUAGUAGAUUUUGGGAUGCUCCACACGGUGCUUCACUGUCUCGCACAACAAAUGCGUGUAUUAGAUAAGAACGUAGAGUUACGAGGUAGUGUGGCGGCAUUGCCCUAUGGACGAGAAAACGUUCGGACUAUCACAGUCAAUGAAUAUAUAAUGGACACCAACGAAACGGCAAGUAGAAAAGUCAAUAUUAUUAAUCCAGAUGAAAAAAUUCUAAAAAAGGCCGCGCUCACUCAUCCACCACCAGGUCUUCCUACUGAUCAAGAAACAAUUUUAGUCGUGGAACGAAUAAAGAAGAAACCAAACAAAGGUCGCAGCCCUACACGCACGCGUUCUCCUCCUGAAACCUCGCAAGCCCCUUCUCCUCCACGGGAAGUUACAUCUACAGAGAAACUAUCUCUCGUCACAAUCAGCAAAUUUAACGUUCUUGAAAGCGCCGUUGAAGAUCUAAAGAAUCGUGUUUACGGCAGUAUUCCUACAAAUGAAGACAUUAUUGAGGAAGUCAGAUCACAAACAAACCUCAAAGCCAUAACAGACAUGUGGACAUCUCUAAAUGUAUCAUCUAGAUUAGAAGCAGCUGAAACUGGUAUUGCUAAACUAAGCUCAUUGGUACAAGACGUACUAACUAGCUCUACGGGUUUGCAAGACAUUCAACAUCGGCCAUCUAUAGCACCGUCCGACAUGACAGCUCCUUCAACCAUAGCCCCUCAUCCUUCAACUCCAGCACCAGUACUUGAACCAUCGCAAUUAGUACCACAAACGUCAAUUAUAGGGGAAGCAGCCAGUAAAGAAGAAUUAGCUACUAUGCAAGCCCAUUUAGAUCGCUUACGAGGAGAUCUGGAAAAUUUGACGAAUACCUUUUAUUCUGCGUUUGGAGACUUACAUACUGACGCUCCGUCUCAACCAGCGCCAGGUGCAAUUAUUGCUCCACCACCUCCACCUCCUUCAGAGAGGGGACAAUCAGAAUUGCCGCGCCGAUUUUCAGCAAUAACUGCAAGUAUAAUGGAAAGAGUUAACGAUUUAGAAAAACGUCUCAAUAAAUGUUGUGAUAGCAUUGGAAAGAACGAUGGCGUGAUUCAAGAUCAGAUUAUUUCAUUCCAAGAUCAAUUGGAAUAUUUAAUGAAACAAGUGGCAGCGCUAACAGACGAGUUGGCAUCUGGCAAAUUAUCGCCCGACCUUAUAAAGGAUUUGCAGGGGUUGAUGAAACUUUUCCAAACGGUACAAGAAAUGCAAGAACAACUGAAACAAGUACAUGAAACAGCGCUUCAGCUGGCCACCGAAAAAGAAGACCGACAAUAUCAUAUGAAUGCUCUUCUAGAACAAAUCGAACUACUAAAAACAAUAAAACUCGACCGCGAAGAUAUGAUAGAAGCAAUGGCUGAAAAGGCAGACCUAAGGAUGCUGGCGCGAAAAGUAUCACACGACCAAUUCGAACUCGCAUGUGACGAUCUAUCGCGAGGUUUAGAACAUGCUAUAGGAAAAGUUAAUACACAGGAAACAUUAUGGCAACAAGCACUGGACGACAUACAAAGGGAGAUAGAAAUGAAGCUAGAUAAGAUGGAACUAUCGCCGGUAAAGGAAUUCUUCAACACGAAGUUACGAUUGUUACAAGAUAACUUGAAGCAGAUGGCCGCUCUUAGAAAAGAAGUAGAGGCGGCUGGUACCAAACGACGCUUAUUACGGAGCAUGGAUUUCAAAGAAAUAGCUGACACAAGUCAUAAAUUAGACACACCAAUGGAUGUGAACUGCAUAUCUUGUGACGCGAAUGCUGUAAUGCCGAUGGAACCGCCUUCCACUGUGCCAGUUAGCAGACCAAUGCCACCUAAUAUCUCUAUGAAGCCAUAUCUUAGUUAUGAAUUGGAUGCAAUAAGAAAAUCGCAAACGAACGUUCCGCAGAGAAAUCUACACGACUGGGAGAAUAUAGACAAGCAAAUGACACAACAAAAACAACCACAAAAACCUAGGCCAGACAAGCACAUCUGCAACCGCUACUGCGGCGGCUCUCAUACCGUCACGACGGCGGCGCAGCGUGUGGCUCGACUCGGACACUUCAUCAAGCAGUGGGGUCCCGACGUCGUGCCGCUAUCCUCGGGCCUGGCCGCUGGUGAAGAUGGAAGGCUCUAUAAAGUGAGUCCAGCGGUGGAGGCAAAUAUUGAAUCUAGUGCAAUGUCAGAUCCCUCUUGUACUCCAAGGUAUUCGAAGAAGGGCGAUCAACCUAAAUCACCACAAAAACCUAUAUUGAUAGGCGCUGCGGAGUGUCGCUGUUUGGACGGCGAACAACAAACAAAGGGU